GCUCGUUACGAACGUGAGGCCAGUUGCGUGUCGGUUCGUGAAAGCGACGGUGACGUUCGCCCUUCGUCUUUCGGGCUCCUCCUGAAACUCUUUUCCGUCCGGCGAGGGUCCGGGAGAAUCCUCGUUCGUCCUGCGCGGUUCCUUGCGCAACCGAUUCGGGGACCUCGGUGUCGCGGUGAAAGGGAAAGUGUCGGUGGACUUUCCGAAGGUUGCGGUUUCGGUGUGGCCAACGGCGAAACAAUUGCCGAAGCUGAACGCGUUCAUUGUACGUCGUUCGAACCACGGAGACGCGAUAUGCCAUAACAGACUGUCGCCGGUUCGGAUCGUCGAGGGAUCCUUUGUGCACGUCUCCGGGACAGAUCGAGUUAAUUGCAGAAGCUCCGUCUACGAAGACAGAAUCGCUCGCAGUCCGGAUUACCGUUUGCUUCCGGCGAAAUGACACACGAGAAGAUGCCGGAGCCACGUUUAUUCGGUCGACGGCGACGUUCAUCCAGGUUGUUCGGAGGCAGCCCGCUCUGAAGACGACGACUGAAUCCUCAAGCUUCGCGUUUGCGAGUACCAGAACUGGAAGUUCAUCUAGAUUUAUGAACGAGAUUCGCAGGAACCCAAUUGUCCCGGUUUUCAGUUGAUCGAGAUUCCGGAGUUGAAAUGAGCGUCGCGAGAAUCUGGCAGCUGAUCCCGUUGCUGAUCAUAUCUUCUUCGAGGGUAUUUUCAGCCAGCAACGUCUGCCCGCGAAUAGAGAGUUACACGGUCACCUCGAUGGAAACGUACACCGAGCCGGUUACCGUCAAUACGUUCACCUGGUGCCUCCAACUCCCGCCCAGGUGCCUGAAGACGUGGACCGAGACGAAGAAACGCUAUCGAGUAAAGACCGAGACGAAGACUAGGAGCGUGAACGAGUGCUGCGAAGGCUACAAAAUGAUCUCAUCCAGCGACGACGAGAUUGGCAUCAGGUGUGUGCCGUUUUGCAAAAACUGCCUCUCAGGAGUCUGCAUCUCGCCGAACGAGUGUCGAUGUAAUCCUGGGUACCGAGGAGACAACUGCACCGCUGUGUGUCCAGCAGGCACAUGGGGCUCGCAAUGCAAAGAGAAAUGCGACUGCACCCAGAGCGCGCCAGGUCUACUUAGACAAACGUGCGACGAGUCGUGUCUCGACGAUCACCAGAACCCAGAGUACGCGACUCGCUGCAACUGCGAGACAGUGUCAAAUAAGUGCGACCACGAGACUGGUCGAUGUUUGGCCAACGAGACGAUCAUCCCUGCCAGCGGAAAAUCCUCGCGGAUUCCAGAGACGACGGAAAUCACGACGGAAGUCAGCCUCGAGACCGUAUCAACGACGGAUAAUCCUUCUGAAACAACCAGCCCGGAAACUACCACCGCUUCGACACCGGAUCGUCCGAAAACUAGGACACAGGCUCGCGAAGAUGGGAACUCUAGCACCGCCAGGCCCGUGAUCGUUUUAGUUUCCGUUCCAGAACGGAGAAGGAACUUGGAAAAGGAACGAGGGAAAUUCCCAAUGAAAAAUCCCUUCCUGAGACACGUCGACGAGGACGUUCCUCUGCGCGUCGUCCCUCCGCUCAAAACGAAUUAUGCCAAGAACGUUCACAAAGACGAGGUUCAGCCGACUCCUAUCCCCCUGGACGUUGCUCUAAUCGUGGUAGCCUCGAUCGUGUCCCUGGGCCUGACCUCGUUGGCCGUCGCCAUGGUACUCCAUAUGCGCUCGAAGCUGUUCGAAACGGCCAGGCUGUCGAUCUACGACGUGGAGAAGACGAAGAGCCAGGAAACCGAAUCACGGGCGAGAAUCUCGUCGAUAGUCACUAGCGCUGUUCCCCAAAGCCCUGUUCGAGUGAGUCCUCUGUUUACGUCGUCCCCAGAGCAAGGAAUGACGCUGACAGUCGCUGGGAUCGACCCUUCGUGCAACUACGCCAACGGAGCUGCCACCAUCGGUCUUCGUAUUUCCGGCAAUCUGCGUGAUUUUCUGCAAGACGACCACUACGACCAUCCGCCAGCGACGCUGAUUCGCCUGCAACCCGACUUGGACGCGAACGGGGAACACAUCUACGACGAAAUUCCACUGCAAUCGAGCCCUCUCAGAUCCCGCAAGGACUCGUGAUCGGAAUACACGAUCUACCCUAACAGCCAGAAAGUAAAAUCGAUGGCGUUGGUACAGUAGUCCCUUGCUGACUAUCCGAAAAUCGCCAAGCUGAUAUAUCGGCUCGAGUCGACGGUCGCUCGAGCUGAUGAAGCACGAACAAUGGAAACGACGCGUGAUCGGUACUAUGUCAUAGUUCGAAGAUUUGAAUUCGGGGUGAAAAUGUUCGCGCCUACGACUACCAAUUUGCUCACGAUGAUUUUAUACAUAGAGAUAAGAGCUUCAACGAGAUCCAGUCUUCUACUGUUCAACUUGAACGCUUAUUAAUUCGUGAAUACGCGUUAUUCGUGAAUAAAUAAGCCGUGAAUAAUAAGAUAAAGAUUGAAUCGACGCAGCAGGGGGUUAAUCGAGGAAAAAGGAGCCCGUCGAGUCCCGUUCGGAGUCUUACCACACGUUCCACGGUUUUGCGGAAGAAAGCGAGCAAGAACUGUCGCGCCCGAGGCGUUCGCGUGCCAUUGUUAGAGUCACGCUCUCGCGUGCAAUUCCGGAGGCGGAUGUGAAAGAGCCGAUUCGUCUACGGGCCAAGAAAAAUCCGAUCGGACCGGUUUCCGACCUUACGCGGACUCGUUUAGCGUGCAAGGCUGAACGUGACUGCGAUCGGUACUCGGCCGGGCAGAAAAACGGCAUCGCCAGCGGCGCCAAUCGCUGCCAGGCGUCGCGAUUAGAUUAUCCGUCGAGGCGUGUACAGCGACGACUUGUCCUCGGGCCUCCCUUUGCGUGAACAGAAAUUUCUCUGAAUUUUCCACUCCUUCCUAUUCAAACUGUUCAUUCAUAGAUCUUUCUUGGACCUCCGUUCGCGUGAACAGAGAUUUUCCUGAAUUUUCCACUCCUUCCUAUUCGAACUGUUCAUUCACAGACCUUUCUUAGACCUCCGUUCGCGAGAACAGAGAUUUUCCUGAAUUUUCCACUCCUUCCUAUUCGAACUGUUCAUCCACAGAUCUUUCUUAGACCUCCGUUCGCGUGAGCAGAGAUUUUCCUGAAUUUUCCACUCCUUCCUAUUCAAACUGUUCAUUCAUAGAUCUUUCUUAGACCUCCGUUCGCGUGAGCAGAGAUUUUCCUGAAUUUUCCACUCCUUCCUAUUCAAACUGUUCAUUCAUAGAUCUUUCUUGGACCUCCGUUCGCGUAAACAGAGAUUUUCCUGAAUUUUCUACUCGUUCCCAUUCGAAUUUUUCAUCCACGAACGCCAAGAACCAAUACAUGAAACAAUACUUUUAUAAAAUUCGUGUGUGAACUACGAACAAGGAAUUGCAAUUUUUGUACAAGAAUAUUACUAGUUUAGGAUUCGAUUUCUUCCCAUCGUGGUACGUUCAACUUGUUUUCAUAAUGAAUUUCUAUCGUUAGGCUUAGGAAAUACCAAAGACGAGAGGCCAGUGAUUGCAUAAAUCGGUAAUUUAUAAUCUCGCGUAGCUCCGAUGUUUCGUUAAUCGGUUAAUCAUAUCUCGUUAAUCGUUACACACUCGGAACGGUCCUAUUUACACUUCCGUUUGAAGUUUGCGCUCAGAGGCUGAGAUCAUCGAUAAUAAUAUAAAUUCGCGAUGAAUUUCGACUGACGCUGCGCUUUCAUCGCGGAUUAGAAGAAGAACGAAAAAGUAGACGUCGAUAGCGCGUAAUUAGAAUAACGCUCGAUGAUAAUCGCGCGUUGUUUGCACGCCAGCGAACCUACUUCGCGACGAUAACGAAUUGCGUGCAUCUAGAUGCGUCCAUAAAUAAUUCUGGACUGAUUAAUCGAUCGCGCUGUGCGAUCAACCCUCUCGCUGUUUAAUAACGUGAUCGAUUAAUUAUUAAAAUAAAUCUGUACCACAUGUCUCUAUUAGUGGGACCGAAAAGUAAUCAAAACGUCUUCGACUUGGAAAAGUUUCUCAAUGAAAAAUUGAAGGAAAUCGAACAACUGCCUUUACGUUGGCAAAAAGUGUUAGAAAAUGAUAGAAAUUAUUUUGUUGAUUGGUAUCUAAAAUUUCUUUAAUAAAUAUAUGUUGACAAAAUUUUGAUUACUUUUCGGCUCCCCUAAUAUAAUUUACAUUAUAAACAAGAUCCUUCACUGUCCUUUUGCGUAGACCAAUUGCAUUCCUAAUAAUGUGACCUAUGCGAAGAAACAUAUUUUUCCAGAAUCCUAAACAUAUACGUAUAUUUUUCUAGAUAACCAAGAGAUCACGACUCAAAUACUUUAAUCUUGAUCGCUCGCUAUCUAGGCUAAGCAAUUUGUCUGGAGACCAAUCGCUUUAAUACGUAUCUUCUCGGCUCCAAGUCGUACGGACCAGACAGCGAAAGCAUUAGAAAUUUAGUCAUCAUCGUCAACAAUUGAAAACAACAUCCUCCAACCAAUCUAACCCAGACUGAUCUUCUGUAACACCUCAAUUCCUCCUUGUAAAAAGCUCUGUAACCGCUCUAUCCUCGACGCGUUAAUCCCGAUCGAUCGCCGAGGCCGAUCCGCGCGUGAUCUAUCUUGCGAUUCACUUUGUACUCUCCGCGAGAGGACAAGUCAGCUACUCUGCGUCGUUACUUUAUUAUUAUUUAACAAGUACAACGUCGAACGAAAUUGAACGAAGUUAACAAAGCUAUACGCGUGGGACUAUAGGUCCUUGUGUUGAGACGGCUCGGAUAAUUCUCUUGUCGAAGGGAAAAGUAGCGGGCUUUAUAGGUUCGGAAGAGAUAGAAAAUGGAAGGCUGGGAAUUAUCUUAAGUUUAGUGGUCGAAAGAGGAGGGGUAGCGAGGUCGCGGUGUCCGAGAUGACUGGUCAGGAUGAAAUCAUCAGUUAUCGAAGAGAAGAAAUUUGGAAUGUUUGCUGCUGGAGUUUGACGGAGGAUGAGAAGAAGCCAGAGUUAUCUUAACUAAAGGAUGUAGGAGUCUAAACGAAAAAUAAAGCACGGGAAUUCGAACCCACGAUCCUCGGAUCCACAGGACUGUACUUGACCUACGCGACCAAUCCCGUACCCUACGUUUCGUACUCUUAUUUGACUCCUUAUUGUUGGGUAUGGGAGGCGCGGAUACUACACUCGGCUAUCCUGAAUUGACAUUCAUUCGCCCUCGAAUGUCCGUUUUCUCGGGUUUCGCGUCUCAACAACAGUGCGCGCCGCGCCCUCUUUCGCGAGUGUACUCCCCUCUCUCUUUCUGGAACGUUGUUCUCUCUCGACGCCUCAUUGUUGCCCGCUCCACCUCCUCCCCUCUCUCUUUCUCUCUCGGGUUUUGCGUCUCAACAGCAGUGCGCGCCGCACCCUCUUUCGCGAGUGUACUCCCCUCUCUCUUUCUGGAACGUUGUUCUCUCUCGACGCCUCAUUGUUGCCCGCUCCACCGUCCUUCGCGUGGCAUUGUUGUUCAUCGUGACUCAUCGUCACUGGCCGGUCCUCUGCCGCUGUAACCCCCCAUCCCGGACGAGCCCCCAUAUGUAGGAGUCUAAACGAAAAAUAAAGCACGGGAAUUCGAACCCAC